AUGGCUCUCAACGAGUCCGUACGAGGGAAGCGUAAAGCGACUGACUCGCCCCCGGGCUCGGAAGCUGCUGGGCCCAAUAAGCGCCCGCGUCCCAAUCCCAUGUGGCCUGCAGAAUGGGUUACCGUCUUGCUGAACUUCCCAUCCAGUGGUGCAACUGUCCUGCAAUGUGAGAGACUCUCAGCAAUGGUCGCAAGGGCCGUUGCAGCGGUUCCAGAUGUUUUGGGCUCAUGGGAUCCGCCAGCUCGGCAGGUCGAAACUAGCAUCGACGAAUAUCUCAACAACUUGGAACUGGCUCUCACGCAGCAUGUCAGCGAGGCAUCAGAGACACUUGAUGCUGACGAUCCCUACGGCACGUAUGCGGCCGAGCGUGCCUCUUGGCCCUCGUCGUGGAUCUCUACGUGGACGUUGCUGGUAGAAAGAUCGGCGACAUCCGAAGAGUACGCGAGACAUCGCAACCUCGUCAUCACUGCGAAUGACUAUUGGAAUGGCGUUCUGGAGAGCUGCGAGCCUCCAUUCAUCGGAGAAGACCAGACAGUACAAUCCUUCCUGGACGACGUCCAAUCUACUCUAGAUGAAGCCAUCAGGGAUGCAAUUGACCAGGACGAUGAUAUGAAUGUAGAGUACGCCAAUGAGCGGAAAACCUGGCCACAGCAGUGGCAAGAAGCUCGCAACAGCUUGACRGAUAACAGGGCAACCCCUGACCAAAGAAGAUUCUUCCGAGAUGUCCUGCUCCCGGCCACAGAUGAUUUACCAUUUGCUUUAGAACUUAUGAAAUGCCCCAUCGUUGCACCUAUUUGCGGGCAUUGA